AGUUGUUCACUUUUUUUUGUUAUAAAAGUGCAAUCCAGUUGUGAUCCAGUUAAUUAGUACAAUUAGUGUUAAUCUCUAAAUUCCAAAUUAAUUGUAAUCCCAUGAACUUCAAGUUAUUCUCAAAAAUUGAUCCAUCAACAUCUAAAUCAUACAAAGAAACAUCAAUAGAGUGAAUUUUGUUUUGGAAAUUUCUGAAUCAAGUGACUUGUUUGUUAUCAAUUUACUUUACGGUGAAGUUUAUAACUUCUAAUUAACAUUGGUAGUUUAAUAGGAUUUAAUUACCAAAUCCAAUUAAUUGCAAGAUAAUUGUCAAUUAAACGUUUCGUUUUUGUUUCCAAAAAGUGUCAACAAUGUCUUCAAAUGAAGUUGCGGUUAUAACUAUCGAGGAAUCAGAGGCCAAGGAACCAAAUCGAUAUUUCGUCAAUUCAGCUUACAUCGAAGACGAGAUCGUUACAUCACAGAAUGUGGGCCAGGAUGGGUCAGCUGAGAAAAAUUCACGAGGUGGAACUUUCCAAAGGGUCAGUAUUGAAUGGCGAGAUUUAAGUGUCUCCUCUCGACCGGCUAAAGGCUUAAUCGGAGGUAAAUCCGAAAAUGAAUCUAAACCAAUCGAAAUAAUAAAAGAGGUUUCGGGUAAAAUUGACAGCGGUCAUUUACUUGCCAUCAUGGGAGCUUCAGGAGCUGGUAAAACGACAUUUCUAAAUGUUCUAACUGGACGGAACCUUAGGAAUCUUGAUGUUCGCGGUAAAGUUUAUCUUAACGGUCAAAUUUCCACCGCUGACAUGACAGCCGCAUGUUCAGCUUAUGUACAACAAGAUGAUAUGUUCAUCGGUGUAUUGACUGUUCGAGAACAUCUUUUAUUCCAGGCUCACCUUCGAACCACCAACUCAUCAGAACGGGAAAUUUUAGAAAAGGUCAACAACGUCAUUAACGAGUUGGGAUUGAAAAAGAUUGAAAAUAGUCGCAUUGGUACACCUGGAAUGGACAAGUCGAUUUCUGGAGGAGAGAUGAAGCGGCUCGCUUUCGCUUCUGAGAUUUUAACGGAUCCAUCGAUACUUUUCUGCGAUGAACCAACUUCAGGACUCGACUCUUUUAUGGCUCAAAGUGUCGUUAGUGUCCUCAAGUCUAUGGCGGCCACCAAAAGGACAAUUCUGGCUACUAUUCAUCAACCUUCAUCAGAAGUGUUUGAGAUGUUUGAUGAAAUUUUACUUCUCUCUCAAGGUCGAGUCGCUUUUAUGGGCAAAUCAUCCGACGCUCUUAAAUUUUUCGCCGGAAUCGGAUUUAACUGUCCACAGAAUUACAAUCCUGCCGAUUUUUAUAUUCAACAAUUGGCCAUCGCUCCAGGAAAGGAAGAUGAAUGCAAGAGAAAAGUUGGAGAAAUUUGUGACAAAUUUACCGAAUCAGAAUUCGCAACAAGUUUAAAUAACAAAUCUAAACAACCUUCUCUUGAAUUAGACGAUGGAUAUAAAUCAAAAAUAGACUCUUCUUAUAAGAGAGGAUUUUGGACACAAUUAAAAUGGGUUUUAUGGCGAUCGUGGGUCACCAAUUUACGAGAACCAUUAUUAACCUCCGUUAGAAUCGCUCAGACAGUAUUUAUUGCUCUUUUAUUGGGAGUAAUUUAUUGGAGACAAGAAUACAAUCAAGAAUCAAUUAUGAACAUCGACGGUGCUCUUUUCAUUCUACUUGCGAAUAUAACAUUCACCAAUGUUUUCGCUGUGGUAAAUACCUUUUGUUUGGAACUUCCCAUUUUCGUACGAGAAUAUGGUAACGGACUCUAUUCGGUGACCGUUUAUUUCUUCUCGAAAACGCUCGCCGAAUUACCUUAUUUCAUCGCGUUACCUUUCGCAUUUGUUGCUAUAACUUAUUGGAUGAUUGGACUUUACAAUGACUUCGAGGUGUUUUUACUCACGGCAUUUGUGUUAGUGCUAAUUGCCAAUGUUGCCUGUGGAUUUGGUUAUUUCAUCUCUUGUAUUAGUAAAAAUGUUACUAUGGGUCUUUCAAUAGCUCCGCCAUUUAUGAUUCCUCUUAUGCUUUUCGGAGGCCUCUUUUUGAAUAACAAAUCAAUUCCCGUUUAUCUUAACUGGAUCAAGUAUAUUAGUUGGUUCUACUAUGGAAAUGAGAUUCUAGUAGUUAACCAAUGGCGAAAAGUGACCAAUAUUACUUGUGAAUUGCCGCCUUCUUUGGGUGGUUUUAGCUCCAUGAUGACCAAUAUGACCGAAAUGAUUCCCGAUGAUAUUCAAGAUGCUAUACCGAGUGGACUAGGAUGCAUAUUGGACGGAAAAGGAGUCAUUCGAAAAUUAAACUUCGAAGAAGACAAUGUGACUCGAAAUUUUAUCGCCUUAGCAGGUUUACUCGUCGCUUUCAGGGUAUUAGCCUUUGUUUGUCUUAAUAUAAGAGCGAGAUUAUUAAGAUAAAUAAUCAAAUUAAUUACUUUUACAAUCAGCCAAUCAUUACCAUCGAUAUGUCGACAUGUCGAUACCUCGAAUCAAAAGAUUUUUAUAUCAAUCAUUUCAUUUUGAUUUUUAAUUUUCUCUCUUAGUUCAAUCUAAUUAUCGUUUUCUGAUAAUAUUCCUAAAUUUCAAUUACAAACAUCAUGUAAUUUAUAAUUCGCCUAAUUAAAAGAAACUUAAUUGUAAUUAAAAGAAUACGAGGAUUUAA